AUGUCCUUACUACGUAGAACUCCAUCUUCAAGGCUGCCGCUCUCAGUGAGUGAGGAUUUGAUCAAUUCCUUCUUAUUCAUUGCCGUAAGCAGCGUGUCGUAUUUGCGGGGUCUAUUUGAUGAUUUGCAUUUUGUCAAAACAAAGUACUCGUUCAGUAAGCGGUAUGGCCGGGAAAAAAACUUGUCAGAGGCCCUUUCUGUACAACUUCUAAAGGAAGGUCUGUCUCUAGAGGCAGACACGAUCAUCUUGUGGCUGCGAAAUUCUGUUGGCGAGGCAAUUCAUAGAGGAUACUUGCAGGCCGUGUGCCUUACCAUUAUUCUCGAUAACAAAUCUACACAGAAUGUGUUUGAAUCCUACACAUUUAGCGUCAAUUAUGAAAGACGUGAUCAUUAUCUUACCAUGGUUAUCAAUGAUAAUGAGCUAGUCGUCGAUGAUGAGAAAAAUGCCAUGAUGAGCCUGUUGAAGCAUCUCAUCGCUGAGACACAAUUAUUACCCGCUCUUCCUCCCAAACGUUAUCUUUUGAUGAGACUCGUUUUAAACAAGGAGGCUCCCAAAGAUUAUGUCCCUGAACACUUCAAAACCAUGAAGAAUUCUUCUGAUUCGCUCAAAAAUCCUCAGUACUCGACUGAUUGUGGUUCCGUUAAAACCAUUCAUCAUGAGAUCCGUUGCGAACUCUCUUCUAAAAUUUGCACUAAUGCCGCAUCAACCUUGCCUAACAGAAAUGAAUCUGAUUCUGAUUCUGAACUGGACACAGACGUAGAAACGGAAUUCCCAUCAAUUCCUUAUCCCAUGGCCCAAAUGACAAGACAUAUCACUAAUAUAGGCUGUCCCAAAUAA